GAAAGGAAAAGAAGCCAAGAAACGCAGAAGCAAAGCGCAACGGAAAUUUCACUUUUCAGCAACCGUUUUAUUCCUCACAAGUAAAAAGUUUUACCCCCCCCAUGGAAACAGUUACAUCCUCGCGAAUAACCCGCAACAUCCCCCGCGAACAUUUUCCAUCGCUCACUUUAACAAACGACAGUUCAACUGUGGGCGCGCGUCCCCCCACCUCUGCAAUCCUCCUGAAGUACUCGCGUUUUUUACGCAACACAAGGAAGGACGAGUCCCCAGGGCAGCCCCUCCCACCUUUUCACUUAACACCGGAACAAUGGGACGUUCAUCCAAAGGCCGCUCGGGUGGUUUAAGCACAAGGUCCUCCUUCCUUAAACAAAACCCCUCCAGUGGAAUGAGCAGAGGAAACAGCACGAGCGCUCAGAGCUAUUCGGGAGGUGCCCUGCAACCCCAGCAGAAGUCCGGGGGGUUCUUGUCCAACAUGAUGGGAACCGUGGCCAGCGGAAUGGCCUCCGGCGUCGGAUUUGGAGUAGCCCAGAGAGCCGUCGAUGCCGUUAUGGGUCCAAGGCACGUCGAAGUUUCUCACCAGAAUAACAAUGCGCACAUGAACCAGGCGGCAGCUGCGAGCAGCGAGAGGAGCAGCGACUACAGGUGCAAGCCCCUGCGGGACGAGCUCAACCAGUGCCUGACGAGACACUCCGACAUCAGCCUCUGCCAGAACUACGCCGACUCGCUGAAGUCAUGCCAGCAGUCCAUGUGAGAGGAGAACGCCUAGGCUGUGGGAGGCACCGCAGGAGAAGCCACACAUAUACAGAGGACGCCGCGUAGAGUUGAAGGAGGAAAGAAUCUGAAAUGCAAGUGGAACACGCGUCGACGGGGGGGAGAAAAAAGUGUGUACCUUCACCCCCCGUCCAGCGUUGCGGAUACCAACCGCGAAGCGCAAAAAAAACAAAAGUGUACCUACGUACAGAGUAUACACGUACGUAAGUACACAUGUAUAUAUGUGAGCCCAUGGGGAUGCGCGCCACGCGCACCCACCGUGAUGGCCCGCACAGCCGCCUCCAGCGGUUCACCAUUUACCCCAACGGAGAAGCACCGUUUGCCUUACCACGUUUAAAACACGCAAAAGGAACAAAACGUGUGGCAAUUGAGGGAACUCUCCCGUUUUAAUACAUUUUCCCUACGUUGUUUUAAAAGACUCAUAUUUCUUCUCUGAGAAGGUGAAAUGAAAUUUUAAAGGG